CACCAGCUGAGCUCCUCCCUGAAGACCGCGACCGUACGAGACAGCGCCAACCCCCCACAGACGACCGCAGCAGACAACGCGCUCCCGCCGAAGACCAGCAAGCCUCACAAUACAACGAGCGUUCUCCCCUCUUCACGCCCCCUCAGUCGGUGUACGCAGCCGCAGGCCCAAGCCGCGGGUACGACGCAUAUAGACACCGCCAGCCCUCGCCCGCCGACUCAGAUGACAUCGUCAUGGUAGACAACCGCACAGAGCCCCAGCCCAAACCAGGCUUCUGGGCGCGCUUCACAGGUAGUGCGAAAGACAGGGGCGAGUCAGAGUCCGUAAACGCAGGCACGCGCGGCCGGCUCCCCCCACAGCCCUCCCGCCCCAACGUCAUCCUCUUCGGCGAGCGCAAAUCAGGUAAAAGCUCGCUCAUCAACAUGCUCGUCGGCCGGGAUGUAUCAUCUCCAUCCAACCCAGACCUCGCAGCGUUCGCGAGUAGGGGUUACGCUGUCGACGUGGGCGGACGGGAGGUGGUGGUGUGGGAUUCGGUGGGGCUGCAGAAGGGGGAAAAUCACGAUGCGCUGUCCGAGGGUGCUGAAAGGAACCUGAAGGGUUUGAUACAAAACAUUCAUGGCGGCCUCAACCUCCUUCUGUUCUGCGUCAACGCCGCGGGCGUAAGCAAUGCUCUAGGAAUCAAUUACGACGCGUUUUAUAGCAUCAUCGGGGGCAAGAAGGUGCCUGUAGUGCUCGUUGUGACGGGUCUGGAGAACCAGGAUCCGAUGGAGGGGUGGUGGAAGGAGCACGAAGCCGAAUUUGAGAGGCACGGGCUGGGGUUCGAUGGGCACGCUUGCAUCACCACUACGAGAGGGAAACCACUCAAGGACGGUCCUGGGUACUGGCACGACGAGCAAUACGAGCAGUCCAAGCUGGCCGUUAAAGAGCUGAUCAAGGCAAAACUUGGUGCGGCCGUCAUCAUUCGGGAGGAGGGGAAAUUGGCGGAGUUGAGGGAACUCUUGCGACAGCAAAAUGGGAACGCGACGGGGCAAAACACAGAUAAAGGAAAGAAUGGAUGGAGUCUAGGAGAAACGGGGGGCACUCGAGAAGUACAUAGGGGCUACGGGAGUACGCAUGACGAGCAGAGGGACGAUGACAGGACGGACAGAAUAGAAAGAGAGGGAAGGACUGCCGCCUUUGUAUUGUUGGGUGGUUUGUUCGCCGUAUUUGUUUUCCUACAAUCAGGCGUCAUCACUUGUUUUUGAUUACGAGACCUUCGGACAUGGAUGAGCGUAUUCAUAUGCC